AUGAAAGCUAUUAGGCAAUGUGCAGGAGGCAAAGUGUUGUCUAAACAGCCGUCUUUCCAGAAAUUCAUGGAAUAUAAGCAGGAUAAGAGUAUGUCAGAAAUAAUUUUAAUAUCCUGUGAAAAUGACGUUCACAUGUGUCAAGAAUAUUUUGCCAGAGGAUUAG